GAGAGGGCGCCAGAAGGUCGGUGCUUUUAGGCGGUGACCCAGGCCUCUGUUCAACGAGAACUGCAGACCUCAGGUAGAAGCUGCUACAUACACAUCUUGGUAGAUGAGUCGGGCUCCCACAAACCCGACGAUGACGCCAACGAGCCAAUACCUCCGAGAAACUGUGACUACGUGAAUACGGCAAAAAUGGGAGCUGAAGGCGAAGACACGCUCAAGGAGAUCCGGAAGACGCUGGAGCCCUACGUUCGGCCACGGGAGGAGGCUGCGCGUAUAAGACAGAUCCUCGCCGUCCAUCUCGCUUCAUGCCUUCCGGACGGCGGUGCAGUCGGGCCUCUGGCUCUCAUUGAUGCCGACAGCAUCGAUACCUCUUCAACUGCCCGGGGUUUACAGAAGACCUAUCUCGAAGCCCUGUCCGCAAAUAUCAAGGCUCGCAAGGAGUUCGCGGCAUGUUGUCUCGAGCCGAGACGGCCCGCGGGAACAGCAACUGCUGCCGAGCAGCGCUUGGAUCGGUUGCAGGAACACCUUGCGGCGAUCCGCUUGCGGCAAAGGCGCGAGAAGCUGCAAGCCAUCGAAAGGGGUCUCAAUGCUCUGGGCCAGAAACCAGCAGCGUCGCCUGGCUUUCUGGAUCCUGCAGAGAUCUUCAGAGACUCAAGGCCCCUUCCCAACGUGCCCCAGGAGCUAGUCGCUGCUGUCACGCUCGACGAGACUAUCUCUGCCCCGCGCGUGAGGGACUUGAUCGAUCAGCUGGAGAAGCACGUUCUCCAGACGAAGCUGCUCCUGAGGCGUGAGGAGCAGUUGCUGGAGAAAGCCAAGGCGCGAUCUACCGCAAGACCAGGCACCAUCAGCGAAGGCGCCAAAUUCGAGGCACUGAAUCGGACCAGAGCGGAGCUCAUCAACUGGAUAGAGGCCGAACUUGGCAAGGCCGCAGGAGAUGACGGCAAUGCGGAUGGACAGGACUCCCAGAAGCACCGUGCCUCCGCUGAUCACGUCAACAUGGAGGAACAGCUCGUGAGUAUUACGGAAAAGUACACGCGGUAUCUCGAUGUGCGGAAGAAGCUUCUUGAGCUCGUCGGCCAGCAGCCUCAACCAACCAUCAAGCUGCCGACAAAGGAGGCGAAUCCACCAGUGCCUGCAGUUCCGAGUCCACCACCGACCGCACACGUCCUGACUCCUUACUUCGAGCACCUGCUUUCUGUCGCUCAGGAACAGAAGGGCCUCAUAGCCCACAAAUCCCACCUCAGCGCAGUUAUCGCCAAGCAACUGAGAGAAAACGACCAAGUCCUCGACCAUCUGGCCGAGGAAAGUCAACUGCUGCCGGCGCAUCCGAUGCCGGGGCCGCAGCAGACUCGUGCAGCAUUUGCCGACGCUACCUCGAACGAAACCCCUGGUGCGUCCAGUCGAGUCCGACCCUGGGUGUUCGCCGCCGACUCUGCAAAGAUCUGUACGCUGGAAGCUGUGGCCGAGAAGAUCGAAGAGGGCCAGGUUGCUCUCGAGAAGUCCAUGGGCAUAUUGGCGGAGACUGGCCGACUAGUUGGGCAAUCGCCGCCUGAACGGAAAGAGGCUGAGGUUCCUUUCACGACCGAGGAGGAUAUCUGGCUGGCUGAGGGUCAACCUCCUAAGAAAAUGGCAGGACUGAGGAAACACACGGAUCGGACCGCGAAUCAACCAGCACAGGCCAAGACUGUGUGGGAUAUGUUGGAUGGGAACCUGGGGCUUCUCCGAUCAGACAGAGAUAGCCCGUAAAUGAUCAGCAUUUACCGUGAACCUGUGUUCCUCCCAAACCCGCUCCAGAACGCCUGACCAUAGAUCCCACCAGCCUUUGCAGUUAUAUUCCCCUCG